AUGUUCUCACGUGUUGGAAGACUUACAACAUUCGGUGCUCACGCUAUUACUAACUGUCCGUUUCGACGUGACAAAAACUGCCAAUCUCAAUGGCUUUUGUCUACUGCGCCCACCGUUCAACAAUUUGCUGGAGUAGCACACAUAUUUUCCGACUCAUUUCGAUCGCCAUCGACAUAUGGAGCUGAUCCAUUUUUGGGAGUGACUAGCGAAGAGGAGAAAGAAGUUAUAAAGGAGUUAGAACUCUUGGAUCUUGAUAAUUGGAACGCAACAAAUAAUUCGAAAAAUGUCAUUUCCGUUUGUGGACGGCCUACUCUCAAAACUACAUCAGCUGCCAUACAGUCCUUGCAGGAUGAAGAAGAAUUUGACACCUUACCUAAUUGGAUGGACAACUUUCAUCCAGAAGGUGGAAAUGUGCCAUUGCAACCUCCACACAAGCUAGAAACUCAGCAAAGCGUUGAAAAAUUUGAUAUCGAUGUGGACCACGUUUCAAAAAUGGUCGAUUGGGAUGCGUGGAACAAGUAUCUCGAUUCCGAGGAAACGGAUUCAGGAGAUAUUGCAAAAGUUUUCAGCCGAGCUCCGAGUCCUGCCUUACAACUCGCACAAAGCCAAUCACCAAUGCACUUAAACACACCGUACGUCAAUUAUUUAUCCAGCAUUCCGAAGCUGGAGAUCGUCAAGCCCUUUCAUUCAGAUAUUCUGUUGAAAGAUGUAAAAAAGGAGUACGAGACCGCAUCUUCGUACGUUGUGCAAUCCAAAGAAACAACCGCUUACGACGGUAAAGUAUAUAAAGCUGAAAUUCCGUGGGAGCCCUAUCCAAGGGAUAAACUUGAGGACGAAGACUUGUUCAUCUCAGGACCGCUGAAUUGGGCUCCGAACACCGCUAGUAGUACACCUUCAUCAGUCCAACCAACUAGAGUUAUGAGAAGUCGUCGUCCUCCGAGUAGAUUUUCCGAUCAUUCAAGAUCUUGGUCACCGUCAUCGGACGAGUUCAUCCCAGAGGAAAAGCCCAAGUACAAAAAGCGUGGAGUUGUUCUCAAGCCGCAUGUUGAUGAGGAGACAGACAGGCGUAGAGCUUUGAAUCGGAUGGCAGCAAUUCGUUAUCGAGAGAAGAAGCGAGUUGAGAAGGAGGAAAGAAAAAAAGAGCUUCAAAAAGUUGUUGACCGAAACAAGAUAUUGAAACAACAGGAACGCCACCUUCGCGGCGAAGUAGAGAAGAUGAGAGCGAAACUUCAAAAAAUUGGGCACUAUGAACCGUAUGCUCCACCGAAAACAAUGUCUACAAAGUUUCAUUAG